GAUUGCGAUGCCAGAUUCCUGUUCCCUGCGUCUGCCCCUCGCCACAUAAGCCUGAGAAUUUGUAGUCUGAUGUAUAGAGCUCGUCCGUAGAUUUGUUCGCCAUGAACCAGCGGCGACUAUGGUGUAUUUCCCCGCAAUUACGACGCUGUUUGCUUUCGAUGUUGCGGCUGAUAUUGCUGUGGGCGUUAGUUGAUCGAGCCUUGGCUGGCAACAAAGUCCGUGGGAUUGACCCUCAGGAUUUGUCUUAUUUUCAAGAGUACGAUAUAUGGUGCAAAGAUGGCUCCAAAUCGUUUCCUCGGGAGCGCCUCAACGAUAAUUUCUGCGAUUGUCCCGAUGGGACCGAUGAACCUGGAACCUCGGCUUGUCCCAACAGUAAGUUCUAUUGCAGAAAUGUGGGAUCAGCUCCGAAAUUGGUGUUUGCUUCACGAGUCAAUGACGGCAUUUGUGAUUGCUGUGAUGGCAGUGACGAGUACGAGAAGCGAGUUAACUGUGCCAAUGCCUGUGGAGGGGGAAUCAUAGAGCUGAGUGGGAACUUGGAAGUAGGUUCAGUACAGUCAACAACUUUGGACAGUUAUGAUGACUUUCAAGUCAUUCCAUACCGGCCGCGGAAAGAAUUUGAGGAAAGCUUUGCCAGCAAGCUAAAAGACAUGAAGGUGGCAAUGCUAAUGACGCAAUGGCUACCCUUAUCCUUCCUCCUAUUUUUAUUACUAUGGAUGUGGGCACGAGGGCCCCUGCGCCUACAACUCAGACGGAAGAAAGUAUCAAGGGCUCCCUUGGUGUAAGUGACUGCAGUAUGUAAAUGAUGCUUUCACUAAAAGAGGGAAAGGGGUAGCUACACGAGCUAUGAGUCAGAGGAGAAAUGUAUUGAACCCAUAAUUUGGGAACACAGAUUCCAGUGGGGCAGCGAAGAGUUGUAGCCCUAUUGUAGCCAAUAUAUCCUAAGAACCUGCAAUCACACAUCGAUUUGCCAGCAUGGAUAAGAGAGUUGGCAGGACGAAAUUUGUAUUCGCUGAUUGCAAGCUUGUCUUGCUGUAACUGGCCCACUGGCAGGUGCAAUAUGCUGUAAAGCUAUCACUUGACAGAAGACUCAACUGUGGAAUUCACAGUUUUUACAAGCAUGAAGAAAUAAAGUGGGAAGCAUGGAUUCUUUGUUGAUGGUGCACUGUUGAUUAUUCGCUAAGAGGAUGCAUUGAAAGCACGAAGUAUGUCACAAUAUCCUAAAGUGCAUACUUCACAUGGAUGCAAGCAUUCUAAGGAGAUCCAUUUAUUACUGGAACGAAAAAGGCAUAUGACAGCAUGGAAUCAUCUUCUCAAACAUGCCAGAUAUCGAGGUAUGGAGCGGCAGGUACGACCCUUUUGUUCAUGUUUCAGUGUCAAAUUUCGUAGGAGUUGCUAUUUUAACUUAUAUUUUCUCCUUCCAUGAGGUAUGGAAAGGUACGAUGGAAAUACUCAAGAACGUUGAGAGCUGUUGGAACUGCUUAUGCUGGUAUUAGGGGUGGUUGAUUGGGCUGUUAGGCAAAUGCAAAGCGAUGAGCUGGGCUAGAGCAGUGCAUUGGUGAAGAUCAAUUUUUAAUUUGCUGUUGUUAAACAGCAUUGAAUCAAGAAUUACCGUCUGUAGAUAACUUGGCGUAUUUUUCCUA